GAGCGGUGCUGCUCCCUAUUGGCGACGUCGAGUCGCGACUCCCCACCCGGGACAGUCGAACGAGGUCCGAAGGCGAGCUCUUGGUGUGUAACCACGGUGAUUUUCCCUGACUAGGGUACGCGCAAGACUUCGUUCCGCUACCCUGCUGCGCGUUCCUCUUUCUAACGUGUGCGUGCAUUCUCCUCGUGUCGGUUUAGUUUAACUCAUCGUCUUUAGUCGUCUCUUAGUCCUUAGUCGUCUCUCGUCGACUUAGUCGUCUGGCUUGUGACUUCUUUACGAGUCGAAUCGAGUCGAAUCUAGUUGAUCGAGUCGAGUCGAGUCAAGUAUAAGUCGAAUACGAAGAACAACGAGAGAAAGAGAGUCAGAGAGAGAGAGAGAAAAGAGUAUUAUCAUCAUUAAAUAAUAAUAUCGUAUUAAUACCGUAUUAUUUCGUUUUGUGUUGGUCGCUUGGUGUAAAGGAGGCAUUUCGGGGGGUUAAACCCGAUCGAAAAGCUGGGUAGAAAGAAAGAGAGACAGACAUAUACACACACACAUCACGCUCGCACGCACGUACUUAUAGUAAAAAAGGAGAGAAAGAGAGAAGGAAAGAAAGAAAAAAGAAAAGGGAGAACGACAAAAGCGGAUAGUCUAUACUACGGGUAGUCCGUUAGACGGAAAAGGAAAAUAGAUAAAGAAAAAAUAUAUAAGUGAAGAAAAGAGUGCUGCGAGAGAGAAAGAGAGAGAAAAUAAAAGAAGAAUAUAUAAAGCGAGGAAGCGAGGUGAAGUUCGGCCGACGUGCGUCGUCGUCGUCGUCGUCGCCGUCGCUGCCGUCGUCGUCGUCGUCGUCAUCUUCGUCGUCGUCGUCGUCGUCGUCGUCGUCGUCGUUGGUGGUAGUCAUAGUCGCGUUGUCGUGGUGGUGUCUCGUCGUCAACGUCCUCUCUUCCUCGUCGAUAGUGUGUGCGCGCGCGCGUCUUUCCGAACGCGUCCCACGCGUGUGUCGCGUAUCACCGCCGCCGGUGAAACCGAGAGAAUUCGAACGAGGCAGAGGGUAAAAUAGGAUUUCUCGCGUGGUCCUCUCCCGCGGCGGGAGAAGGGGUGGUGUGCACGGAGGUGCGAGUGAGAAACAGAGAAAGAGAAAGAGAGAGAGAGAGAGAGAGAGAGAUAGAAACAGUGAGACAGAGACAGAUAGAUAGAGACAACGACGAGGAACGUGAGAGAGAGAGAAAGAGAGAGGGGGAGAAAGACGGAAGACACGGCGCUGGAGUUGGAGACGUACAAGCAGGAGGAGAGAGAUAGAUCGAGUACGACGAGAACGAGUGUAAGCGAGAGGGACGACGUACCGUGCGCGACAAACGCCGACGUGUUCCCUUUGAGAGAAGGAGAGAGAGAGAGAGAUAGUAGAGGAGGCAAAGAUAAGGACGGAGAGAGAGAGAGGGGAGAACAAACGAGCUAGAGGGAGAAAGAUAGAGAGAGAGAGAGAGAGUUCGCAAAGAGACGAAGCGACGGAGACGGGUGCGCUACUCGGAGGCGCUGUCGCUGCGCCCUAACGGCCAUUCCACGAAGCUCAGUUAUCACAAUGGCUUCCGUGAAAGACACAGCAACUUUCUUUGCGGAGGGCACGGCAAAUCAGUUCGAGCACGUAUUGAAACUGUAUCCGCAGGCGCUUAGACUUAAGGCAGAUCGUAAGACGAAAAGACCUGAGGAACUGAUCAAAUUGGAUAACUGGUAUCAAAAUGAACUUCCGAAGAAGAUCAAGUCACGUGGUAAGGAUGCUCAUCUCAAUCACGAGGAAUUGGUUCAAGCGAUGAAAUGGAAACAAACACGCGGAAAGUAUUAUCCACAGCUUUCCUACCUGAUCAAAGUGAACACGCCACGCGCCGUAAUGGCGGAGACAAAGAAGGCAUUUAAAAAACUUCCGAAUUUGGAACAGGCGAUUACCGCCUUGUCGAAUUUGAAAGGUGUCGGUACUACGAUGGCAUCAGCGUUACUUGCUGCAGCAUCACCGGAAAAUGCGCCCUUCAUGGCGGACGAGUGUCUUAUGGCAAUACCUGAGAUCGAGGGUAUAGACUAUACCACUAAGGAAUACCUCAACUUUGUCCAGCACAUUCAGAACACCGUUGAAAGGUUGAACAAACAAACAUCAAAUGGUAAAUCAUGGAGCCCUCACAGGGUGGAGCUGGCACUUUGGACCCAUUACGUUGCGUCCGAAUUAAAACCAGAGUUGUUGGACGGUAUACCGGGUUCCACGGAAAACGGUAAUUCGCAUCCGUCUAGCAACGGCGAAGCGACGGAACCAUCGGACGACAGCAAUCAAGAGGGUGCCGUGGUAGUAGUUGCGAACGGCAAAGAGCCAGGCAGCAUCGACCCAGCGGCCAUUGACGAAAACAGCACGACCACGUCCUUCACUGAGGAUUCUAUGGAUAAACCUGCCACUCCUAUAACCGUAGCUGUUCCGAGCGAGGAUACGAACGAUUCUCUCGCUACGAAUGAAAACGAUGAUAGUAACAAUACGCCACGGUUAACGGACAGCGAGGACACCGAGGACUCGCAAGACGUUCAGGAGCCGCCCACUAAGAAGAGUAAGAAGUGACCCACCAGCAUAGAUCAACGCGUUACGAUGAUGAUGAUGACAACGACGAGCAGUAGCAGCAGCAGCAGCAACAGCAGCGGCAGCGGCAGCAACAGCAGCGGCAGCAACAGCUGUGGCAACAAAGGCAGUGCCAACAGCAGCAGCAGCGGCAGCAGUAGCAGCGGCAGCAGCGGCAACAGCAACAGUAAUAACAACAACAACAACAACAGCAGCAGCAGCAGCAGCAGCAACAACGUCAGUGCUCUCGGUUCUAAUUUAACGCUGAUUGCGGCGAGGCGUUUUUAAAUAAAAAAGAAAAAAAUAAAUAAAGGGAAAAAAACAAGAAAGAAAAGAAAAGAAAAAGGAAAAAAAAGAAAAAAUCGCCACGGCCAUAGAUCAGGGUCAUGAAAGAAAACCCAUCGGCACAUAUAAAAUAAAAAUAAAAAUAAAAAAAAAAAAAAAGAAAAGAAAAGAAAGAUAACA